AUGCAGAAAUACUUCGGCCUUCGAGGUACGCACCUCAACAUCAUGAUCAGUGUCAUCGCUGGUCUGGAUUUUCUGUUGUUCGGUUAUGAUCAAGGGGUUAUGGGAGGUCUCUUAACUCUGGACUCAUUUGUCAAGACCUUCCCGGAAAUCGAUACGACCAAGGCUGGUACCGUGGGCCUCACAGCAGAGCAGAAGAGCACUCGCUCCAAUGUGCAAGGUAUGGUCCUUCAAGUUGACUCCUUAUAUAUCCCACCCCCGCUAACUCUUUCAGGGAUCACCACCGCUUCAUACAACCUGGGCUGUUUCUUUGGCGCCGUGGCCUGUAUCUGGGUGGGCAACUAUCUCGGCCGUCGCAAGACUAUCUUCGCCGGAUCCAUUGUCAUGGUCAUUGGUGCCGUUCUCCAGUGCAGCGCCUACUCGCUUCCCCACUUCAUUGUGGGCCGGAUCGUAACGGGGAUCGGGAACGGCUUCAACACAUCGACUGUUCCCACCUGGCAGUCUGAGUGCAGUAAGGCUCAUCACCGCGGUAAGCUGGUCAUGCUGGAAGGCGCUCUGAUUGCCGGCGGGAUCACCAUCAGUUACUGGAUCGAUCUGGCAUUCUCCUUCCUCGAUCCCAGCUCCGUGGCAUGGCGUUUCCCAAUCGCUUUCCAGAACGUGUUCACUCUUGUGAUUCUGUUCUUCGUCCUCCCUCUUCCCGAAUCGCCUCGUUGGCUGAUCAUGAAGGGCCGUGAGGAAGAAGCCAUGGACGUGCUGUCGGUUAUUCUGGAUCUCCCAGAGAACGAUCCCUAUGUCUACGCCGAGUUCGGGGUCAUCAAGUCGGCGGUCAUGGAGCAAUCAUCUGCGAGCUUCCGUGAUCUGUUCACCAUGGAUGAGAACCGCAACUUUCACCGGGUUUUGCUCGCCUACGUCAACCAGAUGUUCCAGCAGAUCGGUGGUAUUAACCUGAUUACUUACUACGCCGCCACCAUCUACGAGAACUCCAUCGGUAUGGACGGGCUGACCUCCCGUAUCCUGGCAGCCGCAAACGGCACCGAGUACUUCCUGGCAUCGUUGCUCCCGAUCUUCAUCGUCGAGAAGGUCGGUCGUCGUGUGCUGAUGCUCGUCGGGUCUGCCGGCUGUGCGAUCUCGAUGGCCGUGCUCGCCAUCACGACCAGCUUCGAGGGCAACAGCCAAGCUGGUAUUGCCGCAGCAGUGUUUCUCUUUGUCUUCAACACCUUCUUCGCCUGGGGCUGGCUCGGCAUGACCUGGCUGUACCCCGCGGAGAUCGUGCCUCUGCGCAUCCGGGCUCCCGCCAACGCCCUCUCGACAUCCGCAAACUGGAUCUUCAACUUCUUGAUCGUCAUGAUCACCCCCGUCUCCUUCAACAGCAUUCAAUACAGGACCUACAUCAUCUUUGCGGUCAUCAACGCCGUCAUCUUCCCCAUCGUCUACUUCUUCUACCCCGAGACCGCUUACCGCUCUCUCGAGGAAGUCGACAUCAUCUUCAACAAGACCAAGAGCGUCUUCAGCCUCGUCUCGGUUGCCCGCAAUGAGCCCCACCGCUACGGCAAGCACGGCGAGCUUCUCAACUACGAGGACACCGCGGGCAACCUGCGUCGUGCCAGCGAUAGCUCUGAGAAGCACGGCGUCGCGUUCGGAGCCAGCGACCACGUGGAGACCGGCAAGGCCGAGAUCGCCGUUGAGAAGCAGAUGGAGAGCACGACUGAUAACUCGGACUGA